AAAGAUGUACAAGAAUCUUCCCAAAAAGCUGGAUAACAUGCUCCAUAUUUGGAGUGAAUUCAAUAUGCUUUCUUUGAAAUAUAAUGCUCUCAAUCUUGCUCAUGGAACUCCAGGGAUAGAUGCUCCUCCAUUUCUGAUUGAGAAUAUGGUUAAGGCAGUUAGAGAAGGUAAUAAUCAAUAUACUGCAGUUCAAGGCCAUCCUGAACUAAGAGAAGCUCUUUCGAAGUUCUACUCCCCUAGAUUUAAACCAGCAAUUAACAGAGACUUAGAUCCAAAUACUGAGAUCCUUGUCACAGUAGGAGCAAGUAGCGCUUUAAACAAUGCCAUUGUAAAUCUGGUAGACCAUGGAGAAGAGAUUCUUACUUUUGAACCUUUCUAUCCUAAUUAUAUGUCUAUCACUAAGCUUGGAAGAGGAAAGUUCAGAACAAUCCCUCUCAAAACUUCCCCUACAGAGGAUGGAUCAGCUCUCAACUUUGAGUAUGACUGGGAUACCUUUGAAGAAUCUUUAGGACCACAAACAAAGGUUGUGCUUUUGACAAAUCCUCAUAACCCCACAGGAAAAUGCUUAAGGAAAGAAGAGAUUGAAAGAAUCACAGAACUUCUAGAAGAAAAGGCCCCUCAAGCAUAUGUGAUUUCUGAUGACGUCUAUGACUUCCUCACUUAUGAUCAAGAUUAUGAAAUGUUUGCUAAUGUUGGAGAUAAUUGGAAAAAGACUAUCACAAUUUACUCUGGAGGUAAACUUAUGAAUUGUACUGGAUGGAAAGUUGGAUUUUUGAUAGCACCUCCUGAUCUCACGAGAGAAGCAGCCCUUAUGCAUGAAUCUUCGAUUUUUAAUCUGAACGUACCUGGGCAGGUUGCUAUUGCAAGAUCCCUAGACCUUCUUAAUCAGCCUUUUGAAGGAUAUAACUCAUACCCAGAAUACGUCAGAAGCACAUUUGCAAAAUCAAAAGAUGAUAUGGUUGAUAUCUUUAUGAAUUCUGGAAUUCCUUUUACUCCGACUGUAUGUGAAGGAGGAUACUUUGUGUUGCUUGAUGCAAGUGCUGCUAGGAGCCUCAUCCCAGACCAAUUUUUGACCCCAGGAAACUACGAAGAUGACAAAGAUACCUUAGUAAUCCAGAGAGAGUUCAAAAACAAAGUCCCCCUCGAUUACGCAUUCGCCAGAUGGUUCUGUAUAAACAAAGGAAUCACCAUAAUGCCAGGAUCCUCCUUCUGUAUCGAAAAAGAGAAAGACAUGAUCGACAACUUCAUCAGAGUUGCCAUCUGCAAGCCAGAAAGCAUCGUCCAACAAACCAGACAGAUCCUCUCUCAAUAACCCCAUCUCCAAAUUCACUCAAUCCAC